GAUGAAAGGGGGACAACAAAUUAGUCCCACUAAUUCAUCAUCAUGAAUUAACCAACUUUCAUUAAGAAUAUUGCAUAAUGCGAACUAUUUCAAUUCGUAAAAAAAUUUCAAUUUGUAGGCAAGAAAUAAUUAAAAAUAUUCAAUAAUAAUUGGAAAUUGCACAUUGUAUUCAAAAUGUGCUGCUUUUACACUUUAAAUGAUCACGAUUAAAUAUAAAUACGUUUAGAAAAAAUUACGCAAAAUCUGUACAAAAAGAAACAAAUUGAAAAGAAUGAAAAAAUAAAAUAUCAGAAAGAUCGCAAAUAAGUAUGAACGAGCAUUAUAAUAAUAGUUUGUAUCGACUUACACAAGUAUGGCGUCCAAUCCUAUUAUCUGGUUUCUGUACGACAUAACCUCACGAUGUUCCGCUAAAGAAAGAAUUCUUAUCCCGAGCUUCCAAAGGGUAGCAAGCUCUUCCAGAAAUAUGACAGGACCGUGACACUUGUAAGUGAAAGUAGUUCGUACGUCGUCAUUAAAAAUGUUAGAUUUCGAUUUGAUUAAGGAAUACUUUAGUCUGCAAAUUAAUGAAGCAAUUUGUUGGUGGUGGUAUUAUAUAAAAGAAAUAUCAUGGCAAUUGCUAAUUGCUAUUGUUGCCUAUUUUUGCGUUUGCACUUGCCUUUAUUCAAUCUUGAAGAAAGUCAGCCACACAGCGUGGCAGCUUCCAGGUCCACCCGCUAGAAUAUUGUUAGUUACGGCUCAUCCUGAUGAUGAAGUCAUGUUCUAUGGUCCGUUGGUGUACUGGGUCACAAAGUCAAAGGCUAGUGAGCUGUAUCUUCUUUGUCUUACCACUGGUGGACAUAAAAGGAGGAAAGAGGAACUAUGGGAUUGUACAAAAAUAUUAGGAAUUCCUGAAGCUAAUGUAACUAUAGUAAUGAGUACAGAGUUACCUGAUGAUCAAAAUGUACAAUGGCCAACAGAAGUAGUGGCGGAAUAUAUUUUACAACAUGUAGAGACUUAUAAAAUCAAUGCUGUUGUAACAUUUGACAAGCAUGGCAUAAGUCGACAUAAAAAUCAUAUCUCCCUAUACUUUGCCAUAGCUGCAUUAUGUAUUGAAAAAAAAGUACCAUCUUAUUGUAAGUUAUACGUGUUAGAGUCUGUGAAUAUAAUUAGAAAAUAUGUACAACUCAUAGAUUUACCAAUUAGCUUAUUAACUGCUUCAUACUGGUAUUUAGUAACAUACGAUCAAAGAAAAAUCAUAAGAAAUGCUAUGACUGCACACAAGUCCCAAUAUGUCUGGUUCCGAAAAUUGUACAUGAUAUUUUCGCGGUACACUUUCAUCAAUACCUUCCAAGAAGUCAGUGCACUCGAUCUGGAAUUGGAUCUCCAGUUUGACGACGAUUAACUUACGAUUCAUACAAUUUGUACAAAUUGUAAUUAACUGUACAUAAUAAAAAGAAAAUUUGUCUAUUGAUAAACA